GUAAGACUUUUCUGUAACAGAUCAGACUUCUUAAGGCUACAGUGCACCUGGAUUCCUAAGGAUUAGCAACAGGCUUGCUUCCGAGUUCUUGAAUCCCUUCCAGCUUUGUCCAAAACCAUUAUUUUUCUUUUUAGUUUUUGGUUUGUAACACGCUAAGAAGGGGGGGAAAGGGGACUGCAGGAGGGAUGAGCAGCAGUGGGCUGGUUCUGAGCACCCCAAAUCUUAAAGAAAGUACGGUGUUUACGCAAUUAAAACCAGUCACAAUGUCCGGGGAGUCUGCUGAAGACACCUCGGUCUUUGAAGACAUCAAACCUGCUAUAAGGAUCUUGGAAAACCAACAUGAGCUGGCGCAGCUUACCCCACUGAGGAUGGAGCAGCGAAUGCCACUUACUAUGGAGGCACGUUCUGAAAUGGACAAGUACCUCUCCAGUCAGCUGAUGCCAAUUCCAAUGGUGCCAGACAAGAAGUACCGUAGGGAGAGCGCCUCUGUGGUAGACGAGUUCUUCUCAACAGAGAAGCCCUCCUCCACGCCAUACAGUGUGAACAUCAAUGUGAUACUGCCUGACACCACACACCUGCGAACCGGGCUCUACCGGCCAGCCAAACCCCUCACCCCAUUCCCACAGAUCAAAACAGAGCCUGGCACCAGCUUCACCCAGCCCUGCUCAUCCACGGCAGGCUCGACGCAGACGCUGCCGGAUUUCACCAGUGUCUUCAGCAUGCCGCAGUCGGUGGCGGUGAACAAUAUCUUUAUCAAGCAGGAGAUGCCCUCGGAGAUCCCUUUGUCUGGCAGCCCGCAGCAGGCCCAGCUUUACCAGAUGCCCAUUGGAAAUGGUGAUGCUGAUGUCGCCACAAUGGUGCCCUCUACUGGCAGCACCACAGCCAUCAACACCAUCAGCGGCGUCACCAUGUCCACGGGCAGCGCCAUGCUCCCCAGACCCAUCCAGCCUGGCGGACAAGUGAAGCACUUCCAAAAUGUCUCCCAAGGUCAGGGGAACUUCAACAUCACGGGGCAUUUCUACCCUGUCCCAGGACUGAGCCUGCCCCCUUCACCUCCAAACUCACAGCCUGGCAGCCCUGAGAAUCAACCCGAGCUCAUUAACACCAUCUCGCCCCCACCCUCCUACGAAGCCACAUUUGGAUUGAAGCUGAUACAGUCGUCCCAGAUCCCCACACUCUCAAACGGUCUCGGGACCCUCUCCCAAGGGCACAUUAUCAUGCCAACCCCCAAAUACAACAGACGCAAUAACCCAGAGCUGGAGAAAAGGAGGAUCCAUCACUGUGAUUACCCAGGUUGCACGAAAGUUUACACCAAGAGUUCCCACCUGAAGGCACAUCAGAGAACUCACACAGGAGAGAAGCCAUACAAAUGCACCUGGGAAGGCUGCGACUGGCGCUUUGCCCGCUCCGAUGAGCUUACCCGGCACUACCGCAAGCACACAGGUGCCAAGCCCUUCAAGUGCCUAGCCUGCGGGCGCUGUUUCUCCCGCUCCGACCACCUGGCUCUGCACAUGAAGAGACACCAGAACUAGUGGCAGAACUCCUACCCCGCCCUUGCCUCCCUUCCAGGAGCAGCUGGGACGCCUUCCUCUUGGACGGAUGACUUGUCUUGUACAUAGGAACAAAACCGUGCUGUGAUCAAAUGGCAGCGUGUGAGCUCUGUGCACGCUUCCUCCUUGUGUCCUGUCACCAAGGUACUCUUAGGUAAAGGAUGAUUAAAACUAUAUCUGUAUCCUGGCCAGGAUCCCACUUCCUGACCAGGAGAUGUUCCUUGGACUCCAGGACUCUCCCUUCCAGUGAAUUUGCUAUUUAUUUUUCACUCCGAAGCAAUUUUCCCUUUUGUCAAACUCUUUGGAGCCUUUCCUUCCCUUUUGGGGUCUGCCUCUGGUUGGGAAUGAGCAGAAAUAUGUCGGGCGGAUGGGCCGCUGGGCUAGCCAGCUGUUGGGAGGGCUUUAUCAAGUUCUUUGUGGAGCCUUCUUGGACUGAGCUAUUCCAUAACCAAGUUGCCACUAGAAGUGUAGCACACAGGACAUCCAGGCCAUGCAAGAAUAGCAGUGAGUGUCCAUGGCUUGUUUGGAAAGUCAGGUCUUUAGUCUUCACCCCUGUGGUUGCAAGAAACAAGGGCAGGAAAACCUAUCCCAAGAAGUUCCGCCACAGCUGGGACAGAUCCCAAGCAGACAACAAAGCCAUUGUUCAUGCUCCACUGAGACCACCUGAUAUUUCCUGCAAGAGAGGUGGCUUUGGGUCGUGAAUUCCUAUAUUUCUUUGCCAGGCAUGUCCAACAUCGAGCCCUUAGCAUUUCUGCUUGGAGGAUGGUUUUGGCUUCUGCUCUCUCUGUUGUGAGAACCAGGCUGGCUUUCAGAGGCGGGAAGUGGCCAGUCCCCAUGAAGAAAAAAAAAGAAGACACACUGGUUUCCCAGAAUGCAGUGUGCCUUUGAUUUCCAAGGAUACAUUGAGUGGGGCCCCCCGCAGGCCUCGAACACAAGAGACUGGUCAUUACAAACCACUUUUUCCUGUUGCCAUUUGUGCAUUUUACCACAUUCAGAAAAGCAGCUUUGAAAACAAACUUGUGCAAACUGUGAUCAUGUUACCUACCUCACAGGUUCAUGGCCCCACGCUCUCCAAGGAGCCUUCACUUGUCUUCCUCAGAACACCUCGAUGUGCAGCGUGCAGGGGAGACCCCGGAAGCACAUGAAAAGUUAAACAUGGGCAGAGUAAGAAUAGGCUAUGCCCAUUGAAACUGCAGCAAUGUAGUAGAUAAGAAACAAAUCAGGACACGUAAUCAGCCUAGCAUGUUCAACAGUACUUUGAUUUUUCCUGGCGAACAAAUGUAAAUAAUGUACAGACAGUGAUGUGUGAUAGAAAAUCAACCAAUAGGCAAAACCACAUGGGCUGUGGAGAUUCUGGAAACUUUAUCCCACCUGCAGCCUACAAGUCAAAUGUGGCCCAUCGCUGCCCUGAAGGAAGCCAAUCAAACUUCUGGUGAACAUAGCGAGUCCUGUAUGUCUGUCCAAGAAGAUACAAGGGAGGGCAGAUGUCAGGGCUUGUGCAUGCUCGUUAGUUACUGAGUUAGGUUUACACAUGCAUUACGGUAGGUGUGCCCCUGGGAUUCCUGGCAAGCUGCCCACAAAGUCUCAAUGUUUGGGCUGUCCCUGAUUCAGCGCUUUCUAAGCAGCUUAUCUCUCCAGUCCAGGGGGCACAUGUUAGGCCACAUCAGUUACCCAACUGCAAUGAUUCAUUGGGAUUAAACUUCAGUGACCUCCAAAUGUGCAGGCGGAGCUGGGAGCGGAGCAGUCUCUGCAGAGCUUGGCCCUGGGUCUGUGAACAGGGACACGGCUCAUGUCUUGGCUUGCUGAGCUGCAUUCCCUGGGCUUACCGGCUCUGACUUGAUUCUGCUCUUCAGACUUGCCAGCUCACCUGAGUUCCUUGCCAAAUGGUCUGGGAAGCUCUGGUGGCUGUGGUCCUCCAGCAUGCUCCCUGCCUGCCUGUCCCGCCUUUCCUGUUUUGACCCUGACAAAUGGCAGAUGCCCAGUCAGGGCCUCCAAAGCCAGGCUUGAAAAGCAGUCAGAAAGGAUAAUCAUAACUGGAGCCAAAAUAAACGAGGAAGGGAGCCUGAGGGUGCAACUCUGAAUUGCACCCGCCCCUUUCUAGGGUAUUUUGGAGGCUCCUCCAUGCACCGCCAUCAGGGGCUGCAUUUCUUUAAUAAAAGGCCCUUGUUAUAAUACCAGGAUCCCUGGGGAAUUGAUAUGUGCCAUAUGUUUAUUGCUGUAAAGGAUGCAUUAUUUUAUCGUGUACUUUGUCAAAUAGGUGUAUACGUGUGCAUAUAUAUGUGAGUGUGUGUGUGUGUGUAUAUAUAUAUAUA